GUUUCCUCAAGCAGGUAGAGGACCACUUUCAGAGUUGUAGUCGGUCGUGGUUUGUAGUUAACAUGUUCCGGAGUUUAGUUUAGUUUGUGGUGUUGUUUUUGGAAUUUGUUGCAAAAUGCCGUGCUCUGCUGUUACUUUAAGUUUAGCAACAAUCACUUCGAUCAUUGCUGUUGCCCUCCUGGCCAUCGCUUUCGCCACCGAUAACUGGCUUUAUAUCGAAGUUAAGCGCACAAAUAUUCAGAACUAUUUGAGUAAACAUUCGGACGUUCAAAGCCAAGCUCAGUUGGAAAGCCUCACUUCCAAAUACUACUACUACACGAGGACGAAAGGACUCUUCAGGAUAUGCUAUCCGAAAGAAAGGCCCCCAACAGUGAAAACAUACUUGAGCCCAGUUGAGACGCACUGUAACAACAUCAACUAUUACCUUUCGGACGAUAACAACGAGACUCGGGACUUCACCGACGAUGCUUGGGCUAGAUUACAUAUGGGUCGGUCCAUGAUCGCCCUUUUCAGCUUGGCCUUCGCCGCGGUGUUCGCAGCCUUCUGCACAGGAGUCACCGGAUGCUGGAGGAGGUCCCCCAGCAAUAUCACGGCCACUGCGAUUCUGAUGCUGCUUGCAUGCUUGUUGAGCGCUGGAGGAAUGGGUCUGUGGCAUGGAGUGGAAUAUUACGAGAAGGAAAAAGUCGUCGGAGAGGAAUUCUACCAACAAUGGAGUAACAUCCUGCAAGAGAACAGCGAAAUCAUGUACGACUGGAGCUUCGUCCUGGGCUGGUUGGGUGUUUUCAGUGCACUGGGCGCCUCAUUCAUGUUUUUCUUUGGUUCGUGUUGCCUGAGCACAGAAAAAGAAAAGGAGCAAUUGAACAACGUUCAAUACAUAAUGCCAGUGUAUCCGCAAAAGCAGCAAUAUGCCUAUGCCGGAUAUCCGGUGCCUGCGCCCCAAGCCUACGCAGGACCGUAUUACACGACAGGGUCAGCCUAUGGGCCGUAUAAUUACUGAAAGGACAACGACGCAUGCAAUAGACUGUCUUCCAUUUUCUACAAAUAGUAUUAAAUUUUGACGUUUUUUUGGCCAUCAUGCAAAAGAAUGGGUGCCUCAUUCGUUGUAAAUAAGUCGUUAGGUAAUCGCAGCAGGCCAGGGCGAAACAAAAUUUUUAUUUUCACGACUAAUAAUAAAAUUCUAGUCGGGACCAAACAUCAGUAUUUUUAAAUCCCGCCCUCAACAUCAACUAACCAUGGUCAUUUUUUGUAAAUAGUUGUGUUUAAUUGAUGUCGUGACUGCCAUUUUGUUGCAUUUUUCUUAGUCAUCACACAGAGGCGUAUUUAUUUUGAUUUCGGGACACGGAAUCGGAAAGAUACCUGUUAUAUGACUGUAUAAUUGUAAUCAUACCGGGGGUUUGGGUAAAAGCGCGGUCAAGUGUGCGUGGCUAUCGCGGCACACUUGACGGCAUUUUGCCCGGACUCCUCCUAUUUAUGUCUAGCAAUAUUUGUAUUUUUAUAUGUUGUGUACUUACCGUAAUUACGUAUUCAGUGUAUUUUUGGAGGUUUUUGUUAUCAAAAACGUUGCAAUAAAUUCGAGACAACUUA